GAUGUGUUAUUGAAUCUUUGCUCAUCAAAAAUCUCUUCGGCAGACUACUUAAUAAAAUUGACGACUGAAGGAAUGUCUUUGUUGGUGCGGGAGCAUCGGACUGUGCGCUUUGUGUUUCUGGGCGCCGCCGGGGUCGGGAAAACUGCCCUGAUCACCCGCUUCUUGCAGGACCGCUUCGACUCCAAGUACACGCGCACGGUGGAAGAGCUUCACGCGCUCGAGUACGACACGGACGGCGCGACGGUGCGCAUUGAGAUCUUGGACACGAGCGGCAGUUAUGCCUUCCCAGCGAUGCGCGCUCUGUGCAUCCGAACCGGGGACGCGUUUGCGCUUGUGUACGCCGCCGACGAGCCAGACUCUCUGGAUGAGGUGCAGCGACUCCGUGAGGAGAUUCUGGAGUUGAAAGGGGAGAAGUUUACAGGCAUCACGGUGAUAGAGAACAAAGCGGACCUGUGCAGUCGGAGUCGCCAGGCUACAGCUGAGGUGAUGCGCGCGGUGGAGGAGGACUGGGGCUCGGGCUUCGUGGAGACGUCCGCGCGCACCGGCGAGAAUGUCACAGGCGUGUUUCGGGACUUGCUUCAACAGAUGAAGUUACCGAGCCGUGUGAGCCCAGCACUGCGCAGACGGACGCAGACAAUGACCAGAGAGGUUACAGAUACAGAGACGCGGAAAAAGCCUAUGAAGAAGAACAACAGCUGUAUCUUGUCUUAAUGGACAUACGUGACAUUAUUAUAUUUUGUAUGCAUCAUACUGAUGCUUGAGUGAUCUGGAUCAAAUAGACCCCACAUGGCCCUAAAUGUUGGACAAUUGAGGGACACUGAAUGUUGAUACUUUAGCAUAAUCAUUUAAGGGUUUUCUUUAACU